AUGUCAGACGGACAAGAAGACAAAGCGGACGCCCCACAGGGGUAUAACAACAAUGACGCUGCAUACAAAUCUGAAAGCGAGUCUGACAACAUCAACGAUGGCAAUGCUGUCACGAAAGGCAAAGCCAAUAACCAGGGCCAAAAAUCAAAAUCACUCUAUCAAGCCCGAGCCCAACGUCAGGAGGCAGCUCGUAACGGCAACGCGGCACAGCCAUCGCGCGACGAAGCUAGAGAAAAGAUGGGGUAUAGGGCAGCGGCGAUCAGGGAGUCGAGGAUCAAAGACCGGCCUGUGAAUAAGAAAGCGUCGGAUAGCGCGCUUAAGAUUAAGAUCGAGCUUGAUCUAGAGGUUGAAGUGGAUUUGUAUGCGAGGGUGAAGGGUGAUGUUACUAUUGGGUUGAUGUAG